CAUUCAUAGAAAAAUUUCCAAUUGAAAACAGAGAAAAAAAAGAAAAAAAUUAUAACAAGAACGUGUCACAAAGUAGUAUUAAUUGUCAACAAACAUUAUAAUUUGUUUCAGAAUAAUUUAUCUUUCUUUAAACGACUACAGUAUAUGUUUGAAAUCAGCUGCAUAUUAUCUAAGAUAGAAUCAAGGCACUGAUUAAAAGCAACAACAAAAAUACAAAAUUAACAUAGAAAAGCUUUUAAACACGGACCAUAAACAAAUAAUGACAGCUGAAAGUCUUUUCCUUUAACAUCUAUUAACUUCAUCAUUCCAAUAUGGGUGUAUGCUUAUGCAAAGACAAAGUAGACGACGAAGUUUUAGACGACUCGGGGCCUUUCACAAACAACACAACUGACAGUUUGAGGUGUGAACGAAUAGAAAGAUUGUCAGAACGAGUGGAUCAACUUGUCAAAGAAACAUUAGAAGUGAUUGCAACUAUUGACAACGAUGAUCCUGAGACACCUAAUUCAAUGUUGCUCUUACAUGACAUUACGGAUCGACCUAAAGGAUGGCUUUGUUUAGUUAGAAGUCUUAUUCGUGUAAUUCCUUUAGAUCAUCCCAUGGGACCUUCCGUAAUAACACUUUUACUUGACGAUUCGCCACUGCCAUCCAAAGACUCCGUCAUAGAAGUCGCAGAAAUGAUCAAAACUGACACCACGACAACAACGCCAUGUGAACGGAAUUUGUGCGUAAUUCUUGGAUGUCUGGCUGAGAAGCUUGCCGGGCCUUGUUCCAUAGCAAUUUUGACUGACACAACACUUUCAUAUCUUCUGAAGAAUAUCACACAAGAAACACCUAAGGAUGUUAUGCUUUUUUCGCUUGUAGCUUUAGAGAAAUUUGCGCAAACAGCAGAAAACAAAUCAACAAUCAAAAGAAAACUCUCGUCAUAUCCCGAACAUCCUCUGUUAAGACUCGAGAAAUAUGUUGAUGAAAUGAAAGAUUUCACAAUGAGACAAAUUGGCUUUUGUGCGCAAUGGAGUUUGGAUAAUUAUUUUUUGAUUGAAAACCGAAAAUACACAUACGAGAUAUCAAAUGUCGAGCAUAUCAAUGUUAUGUUAAAUACAAAAGAUGUGAGCGAAUAUUUGAAGAUUUCUGGAGAUGGCCUCGAAGCACGUUGUGAUAGUUAUUCGUUUGAAUCUGUUCGAUCGACAUUCAAUGUUAAAUCAGGUGCAUGGUAUUUUGAGUGUUUGAUAAUUACCAGCGGAGUUAUGCAGAUUGGAUGGGCACAAAAGGAAUCUCAUUUUCUCUCGAAUGAUGGAUAUGGAAUCGGCGAUGAUGCCUUCAGUGUGAGCUUUGACGGAUGUCGAAAUCUUGUUUGGCAUAAUGCCAAAUCAAUGCCUAUUAAUUUGGCUACAUGGAAAGCCGGUUCAAUAUGUGGAUGUUAUAUUAAUCUUGACACUAAAGAAAUUAUCUUUAGUUUAGAUGGUGUGGAAGAGAAUGUUGUUCUCGACGACAUUUUUUCAGAUUUAGGAAAUGGUUUCUUUCCUGCAGCAUCUUUCAUGAGCUUCCAACAAUGUCGUUUUAAUUUUGGAGGUGAACCAUACAAAUACCCGCCUAAUCGUACCUUCAACGUUUUCAACGACUGUGGUAAUCUCGAUCCUCAAGAAAAGGUUGUACUCCCACGCCAUUUGUUUCUUGAGGAACUGAGAAAAUUGAGUGUGACUGAAGAUUCUUGUACCCUUUGCUUUGAUGCCACGGCUUCAAUAAAGCUUUUACCUUGUCGACAUACUGGAUUCUGCAGUAAUUGUUCAUCACAAUUACAAAUUUGUCCAAUUUGCCGUUCAGACAUUGUUAAUGUGGAGAUAGUACAAGAAAUUACAAAUACCGACUCAACUGCAUCAUGAUGAACCAUCCUUUGACCUUGUUAUGUACUUAUUGUUACUUUGGCGUUUAGCAAUCAAAAACUUAUUCUGUUAACUGUUUUCAAUUCUAUUUUUUCUCUUAAGAAACUCAUUGACGAUGGAAUUUAUAAAUGAACGAAACUUCCAUAUAAAUAUUGUAGUCAAGAAAGUGAGAUUCAAAUAUUAAACAAUCAACGAAUCUUGUAAAAGGAAAUUAACUUUUUUUUCUCUUAAGAUUUAAAUUGACAAACUUGAAUAAAUCCAGAAGGAAAAAACUUUCGAAUAAAAUUGAAGGAAAUUUUAUUUU